UGACUUUCGCACGGCAAUUGCGGGCGGGCCGGUGUGUCACGAGUGAAAAGUUUCGUGGGUUUUUUUUUGUUGUUGUUCUUUUUCUCCUCGACACCGGGAAGUCGGCCCACCCGCGGUCGCGGGAUACCCCGCGCCCGGUCCUUCCACCCACCCCGCCGCACAGUGACUGACCACGGAAGGAAAUCAUGUCAAGUCGAGCCGGGCGGAGGAAGCGGCCCUGACCCCCUCCGUCUCCCCGGGCCCACCGAAAGAAUGUUGACUCAAUUCAGAAUCAUCAGGGAGAUAAAUUCAGCCCAGUGUGUCUAAAAAUGACUACAAAGCGAAGUUUGUUUGUGCGGUUGGUACCAUGUCGCUGUCUACGAGGGGAAGAGGAGACUGUCACUACUUUAGAUUAUUCUCACUGCAGUUUGGAACAGGUUCCCAAAGAGAUAUUUACUUUUGAGAAAACUCUGGAGGAGCUCUAUUUAGAUGCUAAUCAGAUUGAAGAGCUUCCAAAGCAACUUUUUAACUGUCAAUGUCUACACAAACUGAGUUUGCCAGACAAUGAUUUAACAACAUUGCCAGCAUCCAUUGCAAAUCUUAUUAAUCUCAGGGAACUGGAUGUCAGCAAAAAUGGAAUACAAGAGUUUCCAGAAAAUAUAAAAAAUUGUAAAGUUUUGACAGUCGUGGAAGCCAGUGUGAACCCUAUCUCUAAGCUCCCUGAUGGAUUUUCUCAGCUGUUAAACCUAACCCAGUUAUAUCUAAAUGAUGCUUUCCUUGAAUUCUUACCAGCUAAUUUUGGCAGAUUAACUAAACUCCAGAUACUAGAGCUCAGAGAAAACCAGCUGAAAAUGUUGCCCAAAACCAUGAAUAGGCUGACCCAGCUGGAAAGACUGGAUUUGGGAAGUAAUGAAUUCACAGAAGUGCCUGAAGUACUUGAGCAAUUAAGUGGAUUGAAAGAGUUUUGGAUGGAUGGUAAUAGACUAACUUUUAUUCCAGGGUUUAUUGGUAGUUUGAAACAGCUCACAUAUUUGGAUGUUUCUAAAAAUAAUAUUGAAAUGGUUGAAGAAGGAAUUUCAGCAUGUGAAAACCUCCAAGAUUUCCUGUUAUCAAGUAAUUCACUUCAACAACUGCCUGAGACUAUUGGUUCAUUAAAGAAUGUCACAACUCUAAAAAUAGAUGAAAACCAAUUAAUGUAUCUACCAGACUCUAUAGGAGGGUUAAUAUCAGUAGAAGAACUGGAUUGUAGUUUCAAUGAAAUAGAAGCUUUGCCUUCAUCUAUUGGUCAGCUUGCUAAUGUAAGAACCUUUGCUGCAGAUCAUAAUUACUUACAACAGCUACCCCCAGAGAUUGGAAACUGGAAAAAUAUAACUGUGCUGUUUCUCCAUUCAAAUAAACUGGAGACACUUCCAGAAGAAAUGGGUGAUAUGCAAAAGUUGAAAGUAAUUAACUUAAGUGACAACAGGUUAAAGAAUUUGCCCUUUAGCUUUACAAAGCUCCAGCAGUUGACAGCUAUGUGGCUCUCAGAUAAUCAGUCCAAACCCUUGAUACCUCUUCAAAAAGAAACUGAUGCAGAGACUCAGAAAGUGGUGCUUACUAACUACAUGUUCCCUCAGCAACCAAGGACUGAAGAUGUUAUGUUCAUAUCAGAUAAUGAAAGUUUUAAUCCUUCAUUAUGGGAAGAACAGAGGAAACAACGGGCCCAAGUGGCAUUUGAAUGUGAUGAAGACAAAGAUGAAAGAGAGGCGCCCCCCAGGGAAGGAAAUUUGAAGAGAUAUCCAACACCAUACCCAGAUGAGCUUAAGAAUAUGGUGAAAACUGUUCAAAGUAUUGUACAUAGAUUAAAAGAUGAAGAGGCCAGUGAAGACUCUGGAGGAGAUCUGAAACCACAUGAGGAUCAGCAAGUUGUAAAUAAAGAUGCGGGUGGGAAGACUUCAGAAAGUACUACAGUCAAAAGCAAAGCUGAUGAACGAGAAAAGUACAUGAUAGGGAACUCUGUACAGAAGAUCAACGAACCUGAAGCUGAGACCAAUCCUGGGAAAGUACCAGUGACUGCAAAUGUGAAAGCCUCUGAGAACCUGAAGCUUAUUGCUAACCAUGAUGAUGUUUUUGAGGAAUCUGAAGAACUUUCUUCUGAUGAAGAGAUGAAAAUGGCAGAGAUGCGACCUCCAUUAAUUGAAACCUCUAUCAAUCAGCCAAAAGUUGUAGCACUUAGUAAUAACAAAAAAGGUCAGAUGUUGAAGGAAACCAUUGAGACCAAAGAUGACCUAAAUGAUACAAAGGAUGUGGAUUCUUUAUCAGAUGAAGUUACACACAACAGCAAUCAAAAUAACAGCAAUUGUUCUUCUCCAUCUCGAAUGUCUGAUUCAGUUUCUCUUAAUACUGAUAGUAGUCAAGACACCUCACUCUGCUCUCCAGUGAAACAAACUCAUAUUGAGACUAAUUCCAAAAUCAGGCAAGAAGAUGAAAAUUUUAAUAGCCUUUUACAAAAUGGAGAUAUUCUGAACAAUUUACCAGAGGAAAAAUUCAAAGUUCCUGACAGAAAGGAUUUUAACUCACCUGGGUAUGAUGUAAACAUUGAAGAGCGACUAGCUCUGCUUGAUGCCGGAGCUGACUCAAAAGCAACAUCUGAUGGAUCUCACAGAUUAGCCCAUAUCAAUAUGAAUCUUAAUAAGCUUGUGACUAAUAAUACCUUUCAACCAGAGAUAAUGGAAAGAUCAAAGACACAAGAUGUGAUGCUUGGAACGGGUUUAUUAGGCAUUCAUUCUAAAAGGGAAGCUGAGCACUUGGAAAAUGGAAAUAAAUAUUCUAAUUCAGAAUCUAUCAAUAAAGUAAAUGGCCAUUCUGAGGAAGCUCCACAGUCUUCUAGUGGGAUGAAAACACAGGACACCAGUUCUUCUGUUGACGUGGGGAUUUCUAAGAGCACUGAAGAUCUCUCCCCUCAGAGAAGUGGUCCAGUUGGAUCUGUUGUGAAAUCUCAUAGUAUAACUAACAUGGAGACUGGGGGCUUAAAAAUUUAUGACAUUCUUAGUGAUGAUGGUCCUCAGCAGCAAAGUGCAGCAGUUAAAAUCUCCUCUGCUAUUGAUGGGAAGAAUAUAGUCAGGAGCAAGUCUGCCACCCUGUUGUGUGAUCAACCAUUGCAAGUAUUUACCGGUUCUUCCUCAUCUUCUGACUUAAUAGCAACUACAAAGACAAUUUUCAAAUUUGAUUCAAAUCAUAAUCCUGAAGAGCCAGAUAUCAGAGUCCCUACAAUGAGUGGCUCACAGCACCCCUCUCAGAUAUAUAGUCCCCCACAAUACAAUGUCCAGUACAGUAGCAGUGCUGCAGUCAAAGACACCUUGUGGCACUCCAAACAGAGUCCACAGAUAGACCCUGUGAGUUUUCCUCCUCAGCGCCUUCCUAGAUCAGACAGCACAGAAAAUCACAGUUACACCAAGCAUGCUGCCAAUAUGAAUUUCUCUAACCAUAACAAUGUUAGAGCUAAUACUGCAUACCAUUUACAUCAGAGACUUGGCCAAGCAAGACAUGGAGAAAUGUGGGCUGCACCAAAUGACAGACUAGUUCCUGCAGCAUCUCGAUCUACAAUUCAGAGACAAAGCAGUGUGUCCUCCACAGCCUCUGUAAACCUCGGUGAUCCAGGUCCCCCGAGGCGAGCUCAAGUUCCUGAAGGGGAUUAUUUGUCAUACAGAGAGUUACAUUCGGUGGGAAGAACUCCUCCAAUGAUGUCAGGAUCACAGAGACCUCUUUCUGCACGAACAUACAGCAUUGACGGGCCAAAUGCAUCCAGGCCUCAGAGUGCUCGACCCUCCAUUAAUGAAAUACCAGAAAGAACUAUGUCAGUUAGCGAUUUCAGUUACUCGCGGACUAGUCCUUCAAAAAGACCAAAUGCAAGGGUUGGCUCGGAGCACUCUCUAUUAGACCCUGCAGGUAAAAGUAAAGUUCCUCAUGAUUGGCGAGAACAAGUACUUCGACACAUUGAGGCCAAAAAGUUAGAAAAGAGCAUGCUGUCAAGGUCUUUUAAUUGCAAUUUCACUGCUGCAAGCAGCUCUCACUGUGGCAGCUCUAGGGACCUGCAUGGCAGCCAGGGCAGUCUUGCCCUCAGUGUUGCAGAUGGAAGAGGUGCUGGUGGGCAGAGCUCUCGAGUGGGCACCUACAGGAGACCGGUGUGCUUGCAUCCCCAGACACCCAGUCCAGGAGAGUCUUGCCAAGAUGAUAGAUUGAUUUCGGGAGAGCAGAGCUACUCAUCAGCUGCGCUUAGUCACAGAGAUGCUCUUCCAGACAGCUUGAUGAAAAUGCCUUUGAGUAAUGGACAGAUGAGCCAGCCUCUCAGGCCUCAGGCAAAUCAUAGUCAAGUACAUCAUCCCCCUCAGGCAUCUGUGGCAAGGCAUCCCUCUAGAGAGCAACUAAUUGAUUAUUUGAUGCUGAAAGUGGCCCACCCGCCGCCAUAUGCGCAGCCCCAUUGUUCUCCUAGACGAGGUCAGGAGCUGGCCAGGCAAGAGAUUCGAGUGAGGGUAGAAAAGGAUCCAGAACUUGGAUUUAGCAUAUCUGGAGGUGUCCGGGGUAGAGGAAACCCAUUCAGACCUGAUGAUGAUGGUAUAUUUGUAACAAGGGUACAGCCUGAAGGACCAGCAUCAAAAUUACUGCAACCAGGUGAUAAAAUUAUUCAGGCUAAUGGCUUCAGUUUUAUCAAUAUUGAACAUGGACAAGCAGUGUCCUUACUAAAAACUUUCCAGAACACAGUAGAACUCAUCAUUGUACGGGAAGUUUCCUCAUAAGCACCUAUGGACAAAAAUGAGGGAAAAGCAGCAAGAUUUAUUGGAAAUUAAUAUUUUGACUAUUUUUAUAUAUAAGAAGAACUCAAAACAGUUAUGUUCAAACUUGUACAUUAAUGAAAUAAUGGAUCUUGUGGUUAGAGGGAAAGAACCACUGUACAGAAUGUAAAGGAGACUGUUGAAUUCAUACCAUAUGGACUUUGUUGUUAGGUUUUUAAACAUAGCAAUCAAGGCUACAAAAACAAGCUUCUGUUGUUUUUGUAUAGAUUGUAGGUUUAUUUUUGGAUUUCAUACACAUGACUGACUGUAUACAAGGCAAUAGUUAGCCUUGAUUGUAGCCCAGAGACAGAUGGCAGAGCUAUCUGUCUCGUAGCUUUUGUGCCCUUAUUUUUAUCCAACUGGUAUUAAUGUUUUUCUGCUGAAACUACUUUUGUUUUGAUGUGGACAAGAAAUUUGAAGUGUUGGCUUUUGCUAUGUGCAUAUUAAAAUGAAGAGUGGGUAGAUGAAGUUGGUACUGGCGGGUUCACUUUCCAAGGUCAGGUUAAAAUAGUUACUUCCUAUAAAAAUCGGGAAGCAAAGAAUGAAAACAAAAGUUACUGUUAAUGUGUUUUUAUUAAUAGAAUAAUUCAAUAAAAUAUGUAAUGUCUUUCUAAAGAAUAAAAAGACAGUAAUUGCAUUUUUCAGCUCUACAAGAUCUGUUCUUGUUACAGCCAUUGACUGUAUAUUUACUACUGGUCAUUCAAUUUUUAAUUUUUUAGUUACCAAAGUUUUUAACUCUAUGUAGAUGCAUGUCCAUGCAUUUCUCAUAUUAUGGAUAUCCCCUGAUGUUUUUGCAAAUGAUGGUACUUGGCAAUCUGUUUUUAUAAUUAGUACUCCAUUUUAAUCUAAUUUAUAACUUGUUUUAAAGAGUAAAUGAAACCAAAAUUGCCAGUUUUAAGAUUGUUUGGCCUGUAACAUAAAAUGUAACACAGUUUAGGAAAGCCUGAUUUUUGUUUGGCCUUGCACUGCCUUGGUAAGGUAAAGGGAAACAUGGAGUGUGCAUGGAGCUAGAAAACCAAAGCAAGUCUAUGAAACUGGCACAGUGAUCGAGAAUUGCUGUGGAGAGUGGAGAGCAAAGGAGUGGGUCCACGAGGCCUGCUGAUGGGUGAAAGUGUUCAAUAAAGGGCUGUUCCUACAGGUAACGGUAAAUGUGACCUCCACACCACAGAGUCUUUAAAGGGUUUCUAAGUGGAUCAGUAUAAUAGUGUUUUACCACCAACUGCCUUUGUUCCUAGUUACUGUAACAAGUAUUUGAUGAUAUAGGUUUAUUAAUUUUGUUUAUUGAAACCAUUAAUUUUAUUUGUUUUUGUUCUAUGUAAUCAAAUAAAAUUUGAGUAACAUGCAAUGGUAAGAAUUAAUGCAUGGUUAUUUGGACCAGAACAAAAGUGCCAUAGGAGACCAAUAACUGUUUUUAGUUGAGGCUAAUCUGAAAACUGUUGUUAAAGCAAUAUGCAGUUCUUGAAAUAAUUUCUAAUUUUUAAGAAACAUAAUUUGGGAAAGUUAAUGUAUUACAUUUUUUUUUGUUGUCAACUUUGAAUUUAAUUACAAUUCUUACAGGACUAGCUAAAGCAUCACCUACAUUGUUUUUACAAAAGUGAGUUGGGCUCACUCUCCAUUCUUUCUAGUCAGAUUAAAUAGCACUUUUAAAAGUAUGUGAACUCAUGAUUGCACUUCUUUCGAGAUGGUAUCAAUUGGUUAUUGUACUGUAUAGUUUUAAUAAUUUUGAUUGAAACCCUUUAACAACUCUUUGUAAAUUUUAACUCAUUUUAGUUGAUUUUCAGUACUAUUUACAUAGGACUUGAUUUUUAUGGAUAAAGUAGAAGAAAUGUGCUGUAUUUUGAUAAAAUUCACUUGUACGUGUUGUAAUCUCUAAAACAAAGAAUGACAAACCUUCUUUAA